AGGCGCCAAAGGUCAUAAUGCACCACACACUCUGUUUGUGGCGAUAACUUUGGUUGUGUCAAAGAGUUUCUUUUGUUGCAACUCAACUGUUCAUUCAUUUCGAUUUGCAAUACUUUCUUGCACAGUGCAGUUGCUAACAAUAUUGUUUGAUUGAGAGUUUACGAAACUGAAAAAUGAUUCACCUGUUCACCGUGUUAUUUGGAUUAAUAUUGUGUACAAACAUCGUAGUCUUAGCAGCUGAUGGCGAUAACCAUCGACAACACGACGAACAGAAUUUUUCUCACGAUGAUAAUGAGUUGGAGACGGACAGAUACAGUCGGUUCAAAAAUAACCCAACAAUCCAAACAAAUUUCGGCGAUGUCCAAGGUCAAAUUGAGCUGUUCAAUGACGAUGAAGUUAUGGUCUUUCAAGGCAUUCGUUACGCAAAGCCUCCGGUUGGUGAGCUUCGAUUCACCAAACCGGUACCGGUGGACGGUGAUACUAUUGAAAUGUUCGGACUGCAAAGUGCGGAAAGAGUAGCGUGCGUUCAACCGAAGAGUUUUCUUGUCGACGGCAGUUUAAUUGUUCAAGAAGAUUGCCUCCACUUGAAUGUGUGGGUGCCGUUAUCAACAAGAUCAACAAGCGAUAUCAACUCGAAUCAGCUUCCUGUUAUGAUCUGGAUCCAUGGUGGAUCGUUUCAUAUAGGCUCAGCGAAUCAGAACGAAUUCAACGGAAUCGUUCUGGCUGCGGUAGGCCAAGUAAUCGUUGUAACCAUUAACUACCGACUGGGAUUUUUCGGAUUUCUAAAUGCCGAGCUCGAAUCUGCACCUGGUAAUAUGGGUCUCUACGAUCAGAUUGCUGCAAUAACGUGGGUGAAGGAGAACAUCAACAAAUUCGGAGGUGAUCCGGAAAAGCUGACAGUGUUCGGUGAGUCAGCGGGAGGAUUGUCUGUUGGGCUUCUAACUGUUUCACCGAUCAGCAGACACUUGUUUCAGCAAGCCAUAAUCCAAAGUGGUAGUCCAUAUUCACCCAUUCGACCCGAGCCCAAGGCUAAAGUGUUCGUGAAGAGUUUGGUGUUGAGCAAAUCAAUAAGCUGCAGUCAUGCCGAUGACAUCGAAUUCACUGAAGCUGCGAUGGAUUGCUUAAGAACAGUAGAUUACAAGGUUAUUGAUGAUUAUGGUCGCAGUGAGAACAUGCACUCACAGAUUUUAGCUAAUCCAAUGAUCGGGGAUGCACUCAUUCCGACUAACGUUCAUGAUUUGAUGAAAGAUCCAGAAAACGUAAACCGGAAUUUGAAGGUAUUGAUUGGUAUGACUGAACACGAAGGCUUCGCUUUCAUAUUCCCGCAACUUCAUCAUUUGCUUGAUUCAUCCGAAUCACAGAGCCUUACCAAAACCGAUAUAGAUUCACUGAUCGGCGAGCUUUUAAAGGGACGACCUGUUGAUCCGCUCAAAUUGUCAAAUUAUUACUUCCAAAAUUUUACAUCGCAAUGGAAUUCCUUGCAAGUAUUCAACACAAUGGCCGACCUUUACGGUGACGUGUACAUAAACUGUCCCGUUUAUUACUUAGCCAAAAGAUUCACCGACAUUUUGGGAUAUGAAAGCAUAUUCAGUUAUGUGUUAGCCGAAGCGCCGAGACAGUCGUAUAUGCCAGCAUGUAGAGGUCAAAACAGAGUAUGUCACGCAGAUGAACUUGUGUUGAUAUUCGGAGUUCCACUGAGGAAUCCACAAUUAUUUGAUGAUUCAGAUACAGCGCUCAGCAAGCACUUAGUGCAACUCUGGACUGAUUUCGCACGAUCGGGAAAAAUGAGUUGGACUAAUUCAAACAACAAUUGGUUUGUCGACCUUCCAUUGGCGACGACACAAAAAUUUCAUCCAGAGAGGACGUACGCUUGCGAAGUAAUAUUCGAAAAUUUAUUCAACUGAGAACUGAACGAAGAGAAAGGAAUAAAACUGCUUUCAAC